UCCGACUGCCUCCAACAAACACUGAUGUCAGUCUGAAAACCAAAGAUCCGUGCAUGCGACUGCUCAUCAUUCCAAAGAAAGGAGGUGCCAAAAGACCUAACUUGGAAGCCGUUGCUGUUCUAUACCAACUGGCAGUUCGAGGAGGGCAAGUCAGAGCAAGAAGACCAGACUUACUCGUUGACAUAAUUCCAGAAUAGAAUGAAGGUCCUAUUUUUAUUAGGUGCCCUCUGGCUGCAGCACAUCGCUGCCUUUUCCAAUGUGGUGCCCCGCAACGAUCCACGUUCCGUCUUGAGGUCCACCACCAAUGUGGCAGGGGAAGAAGGAGACGGCUUAUUAUUGGAACGGCGACAAGUAUUUCAAACGGCUGCUGCUGCUAGCUUAUUAGUAGGCGGUAUCCUUUCCCCUCGCCCUGCCAAUGCCGUCAAAAUGACGGGACCCGGAGACGGCUUGUUGGACGAGCUUCCCCCCGAAGCAGUCCGCUCGUACACACAGUAUCGCAUUCCCUUGCAAAUCUUUGCCGACUUUUACAUUUACGACUUGCAACGAUUGGUCGAAAACGUCGAAGAAUGGGGCGACGUGGGGCAACUCUUUGUCGUCAAUCGCAAUCGAGGACAAGGAUCACCAUCCAGAAUCGAACGAGACUUUACCAAUCCAGUGCGCAUCCUAGGACUUAGUCUGCCGCCCGAGUUUUCCGAUCGAAUGAUUGAAAGUCAGUACAAGUUCGAAAAGGCCAUGUCAUCCAUAUCCAAAGCUACCAGUGGAAUUCGGAGAGAUCUACCCGUAGAGAUUGACAAAAAUGCCGUCAAGUAUGCCAAAGCAGGAUGGGAGGAUGGUCGAGUUGCCAUUAAUGAAGUAUUUGCGAUUAUCAAUGAAGCCACAGGGUUGACAGAAAUGAAGGCCAUUCCAGAGGCUGGAGGAAAACAAUUCGAACAGUAUGGAAGGAGUCCUCGUCGAUACUUUGACCUCGUCAAAAAGACAAAGCUUUGCCAAAAUAGAGGCGGUCCAGCGCUGUCCUCUGCGUGGGGGGGUCUCAUGAUUUCAGGAUACAUGCAAGAUAGUUGCGGUAUCCCUGACCUGGAUGAUUACUUCUAUCAGACCUAAUUACCGUACCGGUACCAUAAAGUACGAGUGCGCUACUAAGCAUUAAAACAUUUUCUUGUUCU